CUGCGCUUAGGCCGGCUCGGCUGCCGCGGGGGGUGCUGGGAGGCGGUUUCCAUGGUAUCGCGGAUUGGAGCGUGCGGGCGGCGGCGCAAGAAAGGAGAGUCCGUGGAAGUUCCUGCGGCGCUCUGCGGAGGCCGGCGGCCGGGGACCCUCUGGCUUUGGGGCAGCCUCAGUCUCCUCGGACAGGGUCGUUGUGAGGCGCCUGGCGCGCGGCACAAGCUCGAAAAUGUUGGCUCCCGUAACCCGUGCGCUCUCCGUCCUGCCCGCGAGGAGACAAGCCUCAGACCCUGGUGCAAACCCCCAGGCCGUCCGGCUCCCGAGCCCAUCGGAUAGGCUAAAGGCAGCGGUUCACUACACUGUUGGCUGUCUUUGUGAGGAAGUUGCGUCGGACAAAGAGAUGCAGUUCAGCAAACAAACCAUUGCAGCGAUUUCGGAGGUGACUUUUCAACAGUGCGAAAAUUUUGCCAAAGACCUUGAAAUGUUUGCAAGACAUGCGAAAAGAAGCACCAUUAACACUGAAGAUGUGAAGCUCUUAGCCAGGAGGAGUAAUUCACUGGUGAUGCUGUGAUCCCAGGCUAGUAGCUGUGGCUGAUGGCAGAUCCAGGACACCUGUGAGGUUUCCUGACUUAGUCUGAUCCUAGCAGUUAAAAUACUUCACGUUCCUCCCCAGAAUGUGAGCUCCACGAGGGCAGGGAUUUUUGUCCCCUUCUUCUCUGCUCCAUCUGCCGUGCCUACAAUAGGGCCUGGCCCACAGUAGGUGCUCACGAGUAGUUGCUGAAUGAAUGAACUUGUGUAGCACUUGGCAGUUUACACAGGACUUUUAUUGAUAAUAUUUUACAUAUAUUAUUUAAAGCUCACAACUACCCUCUGAGGGUUUUCAAUAACAUGACUAGAUCGCCCCAUUUUACAGGCUAGGCUACUGGAGUUAAGUAACUUCCCAAAGUUAAAUAGGAAGUUUUCUGGUUGACAGCUGAACCUUAACCUUUGAACCCUGAAUCUAGUGCUGUUUCCACUGGGCUGUUUUCUAUCUCUGCUCUUCUAAUAUUAUUUGUCCAAAGUUUAAGUCAGGGUUAAGGAUGAUAUGAUUCCUAAGUAAAAUAGCUCAGGCGCCUGUGGUGCCGUGUAUCAGUGGAAAAGACAUUUCUCUCUCCUCAUAAAUCCUCUGUCAUUACGCUUACUUGGUCAGCUUCAGUGAGCAAUUUCCACCUUUUGCCAAGGAAUCGUCAAUGCAAGUCAUCUUAGACUAUUAAUUGGGUGCAUAUUUGUCUACUUCAGAAUGUUGUUUUUAUUUUGGAUUCUUAAUUUUUUUAUCUGACAGAAACUUAUUACUGAAGAGUUGCAGCUAAAUUUGUGCAUUAGACUAAAUCUUCCCUGAGGGCAGGGACCUUGUCUUAUUUCCCUUGUAUCUCUAGUAUCUGGUACACAGUAGUUGCUCAAUAAUUUUAGUUGGAUAAAUUUAGGGGCAUGUUGACUAUAUGUGUGCUUUGUAGAGUAUAUUUGUGAUUGGCAUGCCUUCUGUAAGCUGCAAGUUUUAAUUCUUUUGAUUUUUCAAGGAACUCCUACCUGUUUGGUAGGAUAUGUAGCAGGCAGUUGACUUCUGAAGAUUCCUUCUUCCAGAAAAAAUUUGAAGCUGUGUUUUAACUCUAAGGAAUGUAACCCAGGGUGGGAGUGGUUGGGAAACGGUGUAGAUUUUUUUCUCCCCUUAGGCUUAUAAAUGGCUUUACA